AUGUACACUGUAUUUCAUAUUGCACGUCACAUUUGGAAUCCUGCAGUGACGGUAGUUCCUGAGCUUUGGAAUGGACAAAAUGUGACAUUAUUCUGCAAGGCGAGCAAUCUCGCUUACCACCAGUUAUACCUGUACCACUGGGUGUGGAAGCUUAGAGAACGCGAGCUCAAGCAAACGGAAAAGCACAGAAUUUAUCAUAGAGUAGAUUCGCCUAAUUCUUGCAAUCAGUCAGAUGGAAUCACGCAUCUCCACAUCAGUAAUGUAUCCAAACUCGAUAUUGGGCAGUAUAAAUGUGUUCUACUGAUGCCAGACAUGAAAAUAGCUGAAGAUGACGUCGUGUUAUCCGAAAUAAGUAAACUCAUGCACCUCUUGUUAUUUCUAUAUUAAAUUCUUUGAGUAUUUUCCUAAUGCUAACUAAUGCUGCUGUGGAAUUCGCUGUUUUCAAUGAAGUCCGUUAUUCAUUACUUACAUAAGGGGCUUUUGCUUUUCACUUGUUAUUCAACUGAUCUUGAAUUAAGGGAAGCAAGGUUAUAUACUCUGGUAGAGCACAGACAAAAAUUACAAGAAAACAAGUCGACAUGGUAGCAUUAACAUGUCAUGAGUUCCACAUGACUACAGCCCCAUUUACACGGCCGAAAAUUUUUGGCACAGCUCGGAUGAAAAAACUACGCGUACCAAAAACAUUGGUUCGGCACGGAUAGAUUUAGUCGUGUAAACGACUUUGGCCCAUCCGUGCCGGACCAAAAUUUCACCCGUGCUCGGAUCAUGUCGAGAGGUAGUCCGAGCACGGAUAAAACUGGUACGCGAUCCUGAAAAUCUAGCCCAGCUAGGAUAAAGUGUGUAGUGUAAACGAUUCGCCGUGCCGAGCUAACUUUUCUCUGAUGAGCCUUUGUGCCUUUGGUCAGCACCAAUGUGGGAGAGCAUGUACAGAUGAGCUUUAUCGUUACUUCAAUAUAAACCAAAAGUUCAAUAAACACGACAGUAGUUCAAUGACCACACGUUAGUUCACUGAUGAGCGUGGACAACAUGCAGCUGCGGGGGAAAUAGCCGCAAAUACGUUAGAAUUUUUUAAUAUAAAUGUGUAGCAUUAACUAAGUGGUAAAUACUUUUUCGUUAGUUCAGUGUGUUCAAUAACCACGCAAUAAUUCAAUAACCGCACCAGUAUUCAAUGACCACCCAUUUGUUCCUUGUGCGUAGACUACAUGCGGCUGUGGGAAUUCUCAUUAACUUUUCGUCCGCCAUGUUUUUACAGAGGAAGCAGCAUGCGCACUAGGCAAGAAUCGAGUACGCUGGCCGAGAUGUUGAGCCUUUUACCCGUACCAAAUCAUAAUUUCACAUCGUUUAGCACGGUAGAAAAAAGAACGUGUAAAUGAGUAAUCAGUACUAUUUUUUUGGUACACGUACCACUUUCAUCCAAGCCGCGCCAAAAAUUUUCUGCCGUGUAAAUGGGGCUUACAUGUCAGAAGUAGUACGGACUGUUUGUUGUGGGGAAAUGCAAAGAUGCAAGGUUGUUUUAGUAAGAUGCUCGAGUCAUGGACUCCGAGGUGUUCCUUCAUUAAGAGAGAGUUGCAAGUAACUGUACCCCAAUUAAGGGAGAUUAUACUUUUGAAGAAAAGAAUAGCUUGUCAGCGGUUACCAAUUUGAGUUCAAGAUUAACAACGAUUUCAAGUUUUCAACCAAGUCAAGUUGGUGUCUUUAAGAGUCACUAACUAACUUGUCACAACAAUCCUAUACCUUAUAUAUCAAUAAAUAAAUAAGUCAGUGGCUUAAAACUACUCAGCAUUUCAACCGGAUUCCAAAAGGAAACGCAACGGCAACUGAUUCGAAACUGAUAGCAGGUCGAUUUUAAGCUCUAUGCUUUAUAUUUAAUAUACUUUGCAUGCAGCUUUUCAUGAUGACCAAUUUCUCCGCAAUUCGUGCCGCCAAAGUAGCUUUAUUGAUUUGCCCGUAUCUCAGUUUUUACUGCCAUUGUUUUAGUUCGUCCUUCAUUUUGCUUUCUUCAAGGAAUAUCAAAAGUGCAUUUUUUUCUUUAAACUUGUAAUGGUGUUCUUGAGGUCAUUAUUGUUCCACUGACUCAAUACUUCUCUGUUCUUUGUUUACAUACUAGAAACUUCUUUUAAGCUCCCUUCUCCUAAAAUUGUCAGUGCGACGCCGAUCGAUUGUGGACGAUCCAUAGAAUUAAGAUGGGAAAUGCUACCAUAUAGGAUGGAAAUUCACCUUUCCUCUGCUGGUGACAAAACCGAGCGAAACGUUAGUGCCCCAGCUUUCGGUACUACACACAUAUUUGACAGACUCAUGAGCAACAUGGAUUAUGAAAUUUGGCUAAGAGCAAUAAACUAUAAUUAUGAUGGCUCUUGGACAAAAAAACAUUUGAAAACCAUGGCAGGUAUGUUAGUUAAGGAUCUUACACAAACCUGAAGCUUGACCAAAAGUGAUUUUCAGUUUUUCACCAAGUGUUUCUUUUAAAAAGAUAAUGGAACACUGUAGGCCUGGUUAAGUGAAGUGCCAUAUUGGCGGCAAUAUACCAUCAUCGAUUAUACAUUCCUUACAUCUUCCAAAUUUGAUCAGCGCUAUCUUAGCUGGUUAUGAAGAGUUAUCCGGGGAAUUAAAGCAAUCAGAAUGGGCUAAAUAUUUUGAAUAUAGAGAAUACUUCAUGGAAAGUGCUGGCGUACGGUAUUUACGCACGAGUUGUUGACGUAUCAGAAAUCGAACGAGUGAGCGCAGCGAACGAGUAAGAUUUCUGAUACAAAAACAACGAGUGCGUAAAUACCGUACAAAGCACUUUCCAUGUGGUAUUGUGUUUAUUAUAUACAUACUGAGUCAUUCAUCAUUUUGCGGGCCUUUUUAUUUUAAAUCUUUCAAAAAUGCUAAAAUUUGCCGCUACACACUUACCGCAAAAUGACAACGAAAACGAAGUAUCAGCUUUUUAGUAAAAACGUUUGUUAAAAACAUAAAUGACGGUGAGGAUAUGAGGUUUAAUCCAAGAACUAUAAGUAAUCUUAACUGUUUGUUCUCAAUGCACAAUUGAAAAUGAGUGAAUUUAAGUAAAAUGGCCGGUUUCAAUAUAAGCUUAAGCUUAAAUGAAAGGCAAAGUAGCUCCGACAAAAAGCACAACAAAAGCUUACGUCUCGUUCUGUUUAUCCCUUUCCGCUGUUGUUUCGCCGGCUCUCUACCGUAUUUUUUAUCGACAGUGAAACAAACGAAACUAUUCCACUCUAUUUCCGAAAUGUUUUUCACUUUUUAGCGAGAAAAACCCUUGAGUAAAACUUUUCUCGUUGAUAAAUGUGUGCGAAGCGGCGCUGCAAGCUGCAAUAAAAGGCGGGAAUUUUGGCGCGAAACUCGCACACCUCUGUGGCUUCUGAUUGGACGUAUCAUUUUUCUCACACGUGAAAAAACAUCGUUCGCGAUUCUGAUUGGACGUAUCGUUUUUUUCACGUGUGAAAACCAUCGUUCGCUCCUCUGAUUGGCUAUAACUAAUGUGCGUACGAAAAUUUACGACAUAGCUUUUUGGUGAGUAUUUCUCAGUAUGUAUAUAAUAAAAUAAAAUAUGUUAUGUUUACAGAAAUGGAAUGCGUUCUCCAAUACAAUUAUUAAUACUCACAACUCAUCUGGUCAAGCCCAGAACUGGGUAAAAUAUUUAUUAUUUCUUUUUCCCAGGAAACACUGACAAACGAACGAAUAGCUCGCCACAAGUCCUCAGUCACCGUACGACAAAACCAAACCUGACUGAAAAUGUCUUAUCAUAAGACUAACUAUUGGUCAGUGUCGCUCUCUUAACAGAAAUCAAUUCUCUUAAUUUACCGUGAAUAUUUGUUAAAGAUCUGCCUGUUUUCAUUUACGUUAUUAGAAAGGCCGGAGAAGUUCACUGUAGAAGCAGAACCAUUUGGAUGCAGUAUCAAACUAUCCUGGAAACCCCCGCCAUCUAGGGGCUGCCCAAUAACAAGAUAUUCUGUCCAUUACAAGGAAGCAGUAGUGUCAGCCGAUGCUAUGCUAUCAACGUGGCAACGAAAACAUUUGAACAUCACCGAUCGUGAUCAUCUACGGUUAGACUGCGACAAGCGAUACAACAUAAUUGUCUUAGCUUGGAAUGAACGAGGCCACAGUGUCUUUGAUACGGAUUCAGUUGUAUCCGUCUGGACAGAAAUGGGUAUGAAACUAUAUAAAAACCAGUCUCACGUUGUAGAGCGUUGGAUAAUUAUGCAAUUAUUAUAAGUGAUGUCGAAACAGAGCCAAUCCUCUUUUUAUUAAAUUAUACAUGCGCGUAAAAUGGCCGUAUUGAUAGUCCCGCUUAGACUUGACGACGACAACAAUGAUGAUAAUGGUAAUGACUAUGAUGAUUAUGGCGAUGACGAUGAUCCUAAGCUGUAUAAAAGGGGGAAAACAAAAGACUGCUCAGAUGCUGUACCUACAGUGCAUAUAUAAAGGGAUACCCAGACCUCUGGCAAUAAACCGGCAAGUUUUACUUAGGCCCGGUUCAGAAUCCACACUUUUCAUGAGCCGAACCGAAUUUGAGACGACCCAAAUUAUUUAGACCGGCUGAAUUGAUUCAGACGCCGAUCUUGAUUUCAGCCAAACUAAAUUCAGAAGGAGGAAAACGCUCAUUUCGGUCAGACUGUUUGAAAAAAUACGCUAGAACAAUUUGUGCUUUACAUCUGUAGGUUCGGUACAUGAAAACUUCGGCAUCUGAAUAAAGCCGUUCCAAAGUCGACCCACAGUCGAAAAUUCCUUGCCGGGCUCGGCGGAAAGAACGGCUGAGCCGUUCAAAAUUGAAACAGGUGUUCCUAAUCGACUUCGACGCCGAAAUUUUCAUGGUACUUAAUUUAAUGCAUUAAGUUCAGCUCACGAAAAGUUCGGCGUCUGAACUGGGCCUUCCCAAAAGACCCUGAAGGUCUGGGCUAUGCCUCAUGACUAGCUAGGAGCUGAACAAGAAACCUUUUAACGUGAAUGAACCUUUAAUCUCCAUGUUUUCCCUCUGUCAGCACAAACUAAAUUGGCUUUCUAGUCUAACUAAUAAAUUUUAUUUUUUUCGACGGUAACUCAAGGCGUUCCCUUUAAACCCUUGCUUAAAGACGUCGAGAUUAAACAGUGCGGCGUUUUCGAUGUCUUGUGGGAACCACCGGCUUUCAAUUCUGGAGGAGGCUCGAUAAAAGGCUACCUCGCUGAGGUAGCAAUGGAUAACAAAACCUGGCACAACUGUACAACAAAUUCUGAGGGAAGGAGCUGCUUAUUCAAAGGACUCUUCAAGAAAACAAAGUACCAUGUUCGCGUUCAAGCGUUCAACACAAAAGGAGCUAGCGAUUGGUCGUAUGGCUUCAUAUCAGCAGGUCUUUCAGGUAUGUUACAAACUCAUACCCAGUCGCUUAUCUGUAUUCGCGCUGUAAUUAAUGGGGAGGAUUUAGUGAAUUCGCGGUGCAUCAAGAGAAUGAAGGCCCAAGAAAACCCGAAGCGACGUCACUUUUUCUUCUUGCGCGCGUCAAUUUGCCUCUCCACAUGCACAUUUCUUUGCGAGAAUAAAUAAGUGGCGGCUGGGUACGAGUCUGAUUAUGUUAUGAGUAUGGCUUGGAAUUUGGUUCACCAUAUAUAUUAGAGGAAAAUUGUCCCAAUCCCAAUGCAAUUUUCUGCAAUAAGCAUCUAAGGAUAUGCGGCAGCACUUUUACAAACAACGCAAGUCGUGCCAUCUGUGGUUACCGCUAAAAGCUUUUUCCGUUGUGACAGUGCUUUAUCUCGAAAAAAUUAAAAUUGAGUGUUUCGUUUCGGAGACCAUGAUUAUGAUCAUGACAACUACCGUUAUGUUUAUGUCUAGGUUUCUGAAAACUAUUAGAAAUUAAUCGCUAUUUAAUCAAGUGGAGUGGUUAUGAAAUACAUGUUCCCCUGAGAAAUAUAUACUCUUCCCACUGGCAAGUAACAAGGGAAUUUGCCAGGGCCUUUACCUCAUUAAAUGUAUGCAACUGGCAACUAGGGGAGAAAUAUUGCAAUGUAAACAAAAUCCCCUUGAACAUGCACAGUAAGAACUAUUUUGUGAAAUCUUUGCUACACUUUUGCCCACUUUAGGUCCUCCUGAACCACCCAAGAUAAAUAACAACGACACGGAACUUUCUGGAAGAAAUGUGACAGUCACCUGGAAAAGCGGUGCAGACAACAACUGUCUAAUUACAAUGUAUACUCUCUACUACAGAGAAGAAGCUCCGCAUACGUCAAGCUGGCAAGCGAUAAACAUUUCUGGUGCUACCACUUACAACUUACAAUUUCAGUACAGCAAAUAUUACCAAAUAAUUGUCUCCGCUUGGAACCAGCUUGGUGAAACCUCAAGUAAAGGAUGGAUCUUGAAAACAGCGCAAGGUGACUGGAUAGUGCCUAGUCGAUGUAGUGAGAAAAAAGCUAGCUGUUACGUUGCUGAUGGGUCAGACUGGUAAUUGGGAAGGGUAUUCUUCUCUAAAAGCUCUUUGACCAUCUUACUUCCAGCGUAAAUGAUAGAAUCUUGUAUGCCAUGUUCUAACGUUUGAGUCAUGCUGUAGGAUGCGAUUAAAUCCUGCGGUAUGAAUAUUCAAAUGAAACCUCUUUAGUAUUAAUUUUAAAAAUUACUUCUUGUUUUAAUAUUUACAAAAUGAAAUAGCGAAAUUUUUGUCUUGGACUUCUUUUUUGGCAGUGAAGGGGUUAUUGAUAAAUUAAGGGUCAAUUUUAAAGAUCACUUCAUUCCUUUGCAAGAGAUUCAAUUUACUUAACCAGAAAUGGUUCGUUCAAUUUACAUUCACCAAGAGUUUCCACUGGGAGCUUUCGAGUUACAUUCAACUAUGAAACGUGUUUUGAAUUCUUUCAUAAUUAAGUUUGCAUUUGUCAAACAGAUGUUCCACACCAACCGAUCUUGAAUGUAUCGACUUCAGAAGAGUGUAAUGAUAUUUACGCCAAAUGGAACUCACCAGCAGGGGAAACACUCGGAGGAACAGUUACAACGUACCUUGCUCAAAUAAAAGAGAAGGAUUCAGGGGAAACCUGGCGUAAUUGCACAUGGCAUGAAGAUCCUUUCCAAUUUAAGUCCUGUGUUUUUACAAAACUGAAGAAAGAAACACAUUACGUGGUUAGGGUGAUGGCAAAAAACAAAGUCGGGUUUGGCUUGCCGACUGAAAAGUUCAUCAAAACUGGAAAGGCAGGUAAUUAUUGGACGGCUCAACUAUUUCAUAACAAAGCUUUCAGAGCAAAUCAGGAGACAAUUAGAAGAUCAUGAAAACCAGAUCCUCAUUUUUGUAGCUUGUAAGUAACUAGUUGUCCCAUUUCAAAGUCAUGUCAUGGGAUCACUUGUCAAAGUAAAAAACUCAAAUAUACGCUGUUGCUCUUUCUCUGUUAUCCAAGUCAGUGUAGGCAUUAAAAAAAAAGCAACUCGACUCUGAUAGGUGUCAAUUCAUCUUCAUAUGGCGUAUAUGACUUCAGGAUGUUGUCUUUUUCCAUGUCUUAGUAUAGUGCUGGUAGUAAAUCGGUGUGACAUUGGACAUUGGCUUACAUGUUUGGGGUGGACAGAAGCACGGACGUACUUAGGUGCGGAAGGACGGUCGCGUGACUACCAAAAUUUCUCCCUUCUUUAGGUUGCCAUUUUUUCUUACCCAUGGUGCUCUGCUAUCUCUUAGCUUUUAUUGAACGUGCGAAAGAGUAACGUUUUACAACUGACAAUUACAGACUACUAGACAUUCCUUUCAAACGAAUUUGCGUCAUAAUUUAAUUUUUUUCCUAUUGAAAGCUAACAGAUUCCUCCUUAUAGAAACAUUAACAUUAAUAUGCUGCUGUAUUUAUCUACAACAACCAACAGAUCGCCCUGGAGCGCCAACAAUAACUAACACUGAAACAGAAGUGCCUUGGUGUAACAUAACUUUGAAGUGGACAGCCGCUCCAUCAAAUGACUGCCCAGUUCGCUUCUACACAGUUCAUUACAGGCUGAAGAAAGUACAGCGAGUAGAAGGGCAAUGGACAACAAUUAAUGUGACGCAUCCAAAUUUAAACCAGCAAGAGUUGAUUCUGAACUGUUCCACAACAUAUGAAUUUGAAGUGAAGGCCUGGAACGCGCUUGGAAGCAGUGGAUCUCCCUCGAAAGCAUGGCCCAUAAGAACAGGGGGAAUUCAACAGCAAAUGGAUUAUCCUGUAAACAGAACAAGUUCAGGUCUCGUUUCUUUAAUAAAAGUCAUUUUUAAGUGCCAUUAGGCUGUACGCAAAAUUAGGCCAAGGAGAGAAAAUCAUAUCUCAAGUUGCAGCUUUUAACUGGGUCAAAAUUCUUUACUAUGGGUGAUUCAAGUUAAUUGUUUGGGUUAAAGAUUGCCAAAAUUGUCUCCAGUCCUGACGGCGAUAGGGGCGAGCUAAAAAGAUCGAUUAAAAGUAAUCCGGUAUAAAAUCCUACAUCACACAAUUAAUUUGAUCAUCUCCUAAACCUGAUUGAAGUACUAGACAAACAAAAAAAUAAAUUAAAUCUCAUGUUGAUCUUCCUAAAUUGUCUUUCUACAGGGUCAUUUCUGGAUACUGAUCUAAAGUUUAUUAUCAUUUUUGGAUGCUUAGCACUCAUCGCUGCCCUGUUAGCUAGUACAGUCAAACUGUGGAGAUCACGGCCAAAAACAGCCAAACUUUCUAAAAGGUAAGUUUGCUGAAUGCAAAAAGAGGAACGAUCUUGUCAUAAAGUAAAAGUUGACGUCUUUCCACGUUACUAAGCUGAUUACGCUGCAGAAGGGAUAAUUUUAACGCGAUGAUGAUGAUGAUGAUCAUGAUAAAAUGGGGACGACGAUGAUGACUAUGAUGAUGAUGAUGAUGAUGAUGAUGAUGAUGAUGAUGAUGAAGAGGAGGAGGAUGAAUGUGAUUGUGAUGAAACCUUUUUUGUUGUUGUUAUUUUGCUCAGGACUCUAAAAGAUAUUGAAGCUCUAGAGAGCUGUGAAAUUCCUCCAAUAAGAACAACAUUUGUCGAGGAUUUAGGUGAAGGGGCCUUCGGUAGGGUUCAUAAAGCAAUACUUACAAACGGACUGGAGUUAUUUACCGGCCAACAAGGAUGUUCUAAAAGGAGGAAAGAGCAGUAUGUUGCUGUUAAGGAGCUCCAUGGUGAGUCUUAAUUCAUGCUUAUUGAUAGCCGAAGUAAGAGAUAAAAUGUAUAUGACAAUUGCAGGAUCUUUAGGAUGCAAAACUGACGCGGCUAUCAAAAAUAUCCCUGAAAAAAGUAAUUAACUGCUAAAAGAAUAACAAUAUUUAGGACGUACCCUCGAGAGCAAGAGGUUUUGCCAUUUACGUUAGCAGAAAAUUGUGGAUUUGGUUCUAGCAGGAACAUGUACAGCAUGGUUUAUUGCACAAAAGUCAAUAUGAAACUUUCGUUCUUUUUACUUCGCGAAAAAGUAUAUUUUUACAACCAUUUCUUUUUUAUUAUUUAAAUCAAAUUUUUGCAGAUAAAUUGGUCUCCUUGAGCAUAGGUGUAAGUCCAUUUUCGAUUAUCUUGAGGCUGAUAAUUAAUUGAUAAAUUCCUAGUAUCCAUUUCUCCCCGGCAUUGGUGUUAUUUUUUUAAAGUCAUGAUUCUUCUUCUUGUAGUGAUUUUUAAUUCGCUUUUAGGUAACGCUACAGAUGAACAACAGAGCGAGUUCCUGGCUGAAAUAGAACUCAUGAAAACAAUAGGAAAACACCAGAAUGUAUUGAGUUUUCUCGGCUGUUGGACCACCACAAAACCAUUUCAUUUGAUAAUUGAGUAUGUCGCGCAUGGGGACUUGCGUCAAUGGUUGAUACGCAAGAGAAGACAGGUAUUACCGAGUAGUUAAUCAAGGUUCAGUUGGAUUCAUUUGAAAGCGUGUUAGUCCACCUAUAACAGUAGGUUCUUUAGUUAAACAAAUCUAGUAUUAAAAGGCCAGAAGGCUUUUAUAUUUUAUAUUUUAUUUUUUCUUCGCUUUCAUGUUUUUUGUUGCAUUUGUUUGUUUGUUUUUGUUUUUGCUUUUUGUCUUGCCUGAGUAAACAGUCGACAUUUCCCGACCCCACCACCCAUAAAAUGACGUCUGAGAAACGAGCGCAGAAAUUCCAUACUGAUGACGCGUCACUACCCAGGUCUGGGUAGAGUUGUCACAAAUUAUGUGUGACACAACCAGUUCUAUGAAUCUUUCAUUCUUCACUCCCUUGAAAGUAUAUUUCUUCACACACACAUGUUCAUAUUUUAGAAUUCUGUACUCUGUUCUACACUUAAAGGAUUCAUCGACAUCAAUUCUCGUAAAAUUCCAAUGAUCUGCACUCAAUCUACAUCUACACACUGGAUCAGUUCUAAGAUCAAGUGACGAGUUUUCCCGCCACAGUGACGCAAUAAUUUUCUUACAGAUAGAUAGACAGAUAGAUAGAUAGAUAGAUAGAUAGAUAGACAGACAGACAGACAGACAGACAGACAGACAGACGGACGGAUGGAUGGAUAGAUAGAUAGAUAGAUAGAUAGAUAGACAGACAGACAGACAGACAGACGGACGGAUAGAUAGAUAGAUAGAUAGAUAGAUAGAUAGAUAGAUAGAUAGAUAGAUAGAUAGAUAGAUAGAUAGAUAGAUAGUUUAUUCUGAUUAAAAUCGCAGCCAAAAGCUGAAUUAGAUUAAUCGGUAUAAUUAUAAAAUCUAAUAAAAAUAUGAGAAAAUAAUUACAGUUGCUAUAUAUAAAUGUGCUCUUAAGUCUCUUCGUCUUAGCCAGAGGGACAUUGAAAUUCCUCUUUCGUCUUAAAUUGGAUUCACCAUUGUCACGAGGUGUCAAGAGCUCAUGCAGUUUAUGGUCUGAGUUACAAGUGAUGGAAUCAAAAAGCUUAGUUGUGAUAGACUGCCUGCUUCGAGAGAGCGUCUCCAAGUUGGCUUGAUGUAAUGCGUCGCUAUAUGGUACAAAGGGAAAAAUAAUUCGCAUGGCGCGCUUCUGUAGCUGUUCUAGCUCUGCGGAUAAAUAUGCGGGAAGCACGUUGUGAAACACCGGGCAUGCGUAUUCCGAUUUUGAUUGGCUGAAGCAAAAUUCCCGGGCGGCACGACCAAUCAGAAGCGCUAUCCAGACCUGGGUAGUGACGCGUUGCCCUCGUUUCUCAGACGUCAUUUCGCGUGAAAACCGGUGGUGGCGUCGCGAAAUGUAGACUGUUUUUUUCUCAGACUUCUUUUUGUUUAUUGUGAUAAUAUUUUUUUCUUCUUUGUUCGGUUCUGUUCUGUAUUGUUAUUUUUCUGGGUCAAAGCAUGCAGUUAAUGGUCGAUUUCUUUCGGAAACUAGUUAAAUAGAGGAUAUUACAUGGCCUCGCGGAGAUACGAAAUUUCUCUUCGAGUGUUGAAGUAUAUAAAUAUAUUUUUUUUCAACACGAGAAGAGAAAGUUCUUAUCUCCAAGCGACCAUGUAAUGUUCUAUUUAUUAUGUAAACACCAAUGAAAUACCAAACCAUUUUACUUAAAUAGUUUUUUGGUCUGAAAGGUGCGGUUUAUUAUGAAGCCAUAGCAAUGGUGAUAUUUUCACAUGUGAAGAUAACAUGUUAUUUUCCGUUUUCUUCGAUUUUCAAUGUUUGAAACUGCCGAAAACAAAACAUUGAAAUUCCUGGGGGAACAAAUUUCAAAUUGCCUGUUUCGACAGUGAUGAAGUGUUUCUUACUUUAUUAACUCUGCAUUAAUCUUCUAAUCCGUUGCACAGAUCCCCAAUACUACAGUAACUGUAAACAGGACUUUGCCUACGAACUCGGUAACUGGAUUUAGCGGCUAUGACGUGGUAAGUUAAUGUACCUUCGACCAGUUGCUUAAAUUAAUUUUCUUUCCAUUAUGAAAACUCCGGUCAGAAUAAUUAUUUUACUCACGUACGUCUUGUUUAGUUAUGGGACCUUUGCGCCAGGUUUUCAUUCAUAUAAGCAAUUGCCGUGUUAUUAUAAAGCGAAUACCUUCAAGACAAAAAAAGAAGAAAAAAAACAGAAAAAACAAUAAAACAACAAAACCAAAUAAAGAAAAUGUCUUGUUUAGAUAAGGGAAGUUUGAAAACUCUCUGUUAGCCUAGAAGACGAACAUAUUUCAAAAUUUCCUUUUCUGACCUAGAAGUCGUUUUUUUAUACAGAAAGUGGUCGGUUAGAAUAAAAAGAUGCCAAUCUGUUUCUUGAACAAAAAGAAUUAAUAAUGUUUCUUUAAGAAAAAAAAGGAAAGUCAGAUGGGCAUUGGAAAAGGGUUUUGAAAGAUUUAAUCAAAGUCAGUGAGAGAACUGCACACUGUAAAAAAGAAAAAUCUGUUUUAUCCCUUAAAAUGGGACCGUUUCAGUGAUGAAAAAUACAGUCCUAUUUCUGGGUCUAAUGUGGCUCCCUUAAUCUAAGCCAAUACAAACCAAUUAUCUAAGGCUGAUUUGGACCCAAGGGCUCAAAUGAGUCCAAGCUUGAUGGAGUAUUUUUGGCUUAAAUUGUGCUUAAAUGGCUCCUGGAAGGAGAGGCUGGAUCAGACUUUGGUAGGGAGGGCUAAAUUUGCACUUUGGUGCUCAAACAGAUCUUUUUAAUUUUUGGUGUGCAGCAGCUUUCCAAGACUCCCUUUCCAGGUCUGAUAAGGGAAAAGCAUUUAAGUAAAAUCUCAAUCAAAGUUCAUCUAAACUCACAAAUACUCCAUUGCUUUCACUAGGCGGGGUCCGGAGAUAAACAAGAAACAGUUACAGUCGAAGAGAUAGAGCCUUCUGACGUUAAUAAUGACCAAAUUCCCAUAGUGGUAUUUUCCGACUUAGAUCAGGAAGAAAAUGUGCCUCCGGAAGACGACAAUCAAGUCUUUGACGAUAAAGCCAAUAAUCAAGAAUGCGAUGAAGACUGCGAGUUAUUUUGUCCCGCGGAUCUCAUGUCCUUCGCCUGGCAGAUAGCACGAGGCAUGGUGAGGCGACAUUGCUACGAUCACGUUUUUUCUUGAAUGAAUGAUUAAUCAUACUUAGCUGCAUGAGGUUAUUUAGCUCAGGCAAUUUAUGUUGUUAAAAAUCCUGCUCUGGAUUACAAAGCGUUAUCUAUCGGCAGGUAACAUAUAGAUUGCCUUUUGCGUUGAAGCUUUCUCUAAAGAACCUUUAGUACACUACUAAAUGUCAUUAUAGAAUACCAGGGCGCACAUAGACGAGAAACGUGGAGCCUGGUCUUCUCAGGAGCAUUGGUAGGCGUUUGCAUAGGGAUUAGGAGGAAAAGGGAAUUAAGGCGUGAGACGUACCCUUCAAACGCAUGCCACUUAGGAUAUCUCGUGAGUAGGCAGCCCUACCCUACGUCCACCUUCAUAAAACCGGGGUUUUGACCUUUCCACUUGUAAGAACCUUUCUUGUAAAAGAGAAGCUCCGGAUACUGAUUUUCUGGUUCCUGAGGCUGCAUGCGUAAGGGAGCUUUGAAUGUAUUGCCGAUUUGAUUUGUGCGGUUUUCGUUUCUCUUAUAUCGUUUGUUUUCGUAUCUUUUUUCUUCCUUUCUUUCGUUCUUUCGGUCAUUCUUUUUUGUUUUCUUUUCUGGACAGGAAUAUUUAUCUGAGAGAGGCCUCGUCCAUAGGGACCUUGCGGCACGAAAUAUUCUCCUUGGACAUGGAAAAAGGGUCAAAAUCGCAGACUUUGGUUUGAUGCGAGAAUUGUACCGAGAAGUUUACGAAGUCAAGAGGCAGAAGAAACUGCCAAUCAAAUGGAUGGCUCCUGAAUCUAUUUUCGAACAGAUUUUCACUUCUAAGAGCGAUGUGUAAGUACUUUUUUCUGGUCCUAACUGAGCUCAGUUAUUCAUUUAGGGUAUCAAAUAAUAAGUACUAGUUAACUACUCAUACGCUCAUGCACCCACCAUGUUUAACGAUUGGUCGUAUAAAUGAGGUUUAAUUAUUUAGACCAAAAUGACCGGGAGCUGUUUGUUUGGGCCAGACGAAUAGACGUGAGGUAAGUUCUGCAGUACAGAAAUAACCUGCGAUCAGACCUGUUUCUUCUUCUUCUUCUUUUUUGUAAGACAUUGAGAUCGGAUAUAGGGGGUGGGGGCAUGAACGUUGGAUUGUACGAAAAUAAUAAAAAAAAUCAGUUAUAACAUGAAAUAAGAAUCACGGCUGUUCUCAUGUCUAAGAAGGACGCCAAGAGAGUCUUCCUGCCCCGUAAUACUACUUCUUUGAAUGUUGUGCAAAAUAUUUACAUAGUUUUUUGGUCUUGUGGAUCUGAGGUUUAUUUUAAGUGAAAAUAGAUGUAUUUUCUUUCAGAUGGUCCUUUGGUAUAGUCUUAUGGGAGAUCGCAACAAUUGGUGAUUAUCUUUAUUCAGUUAUUUUUUGCUGUUCACUUUAGACAUUUUCUUUCUAAGUAGUGAUCCCCCUUCCCCCCCUCCCAAAAAGAACAAAUUCAUCAACAUAAAUAUAUAUAUAAAAAAACAACAAAAACAAAACCAAAAACAGACGCAAAAAAUCAAAUUAGGCAAAACCCUCCCUAAAGUCCAGAUUGGUCAAACAUCAUCGACCCUAAUAGCGGUAAGGGACGGACCGCGAAGUACAAAAAAAUAUUCGCGCAAAGGAAAAUUAAAUGAAAAAAAUCAUGCCCGCCAAUUAAUCCUAAAAAAUAUUCAUUCUAUGGCCUAAAAAAAAUUAAUACAAGGAAUUUGAUAACGAAUUAAAAUUCCCGCGGCUCGAAAAUUCCUUCUUCCCCCCCCCAUAACUUUUCUAAUGGUCCCCCCCAUAAGUUUUCCAAUGGUCCGUCCCUCAGGAGAACAAUCUAUCGUUCUCACUCGUUAUCAUUAUAGGUUCUUCGUAGUCAAGUUUGACGUUUAACUCGGGCGUAUCUAGCUAUUCUCAGCCUCGGCGGCUUUGUUUUGUUACGCAGCACGAUCUAAAGAAAGAUCGUUAUUGAUCAUUGAAACUGAUUUGCAACCGAGGUUUAACGUAGACAAACCAAAUUGUCUAAUGAACUGCAUCGUUUGUUCUCGUUCAUUGGCAUUAAAGUUUUGUCGUCACAUAUGAAGCUGGACGUUUGAAAGGCUAGCCUAUGUAAAAUAAAAUAUUAAUUAACCUAAUUAUUUGACAGUGCUAAAUAUUUCGUCAACAGGGGUUAUGCCUGAGCUAUCCUAAAUGCGAUGUAUGUAACUCACUGAUCAGAAUAGAAACAAACAUCCUUGAAUAGGUUCUGUACCCUUACAAGUUCACUUGCUUCUGCUAUAUACACCCAAUUGCAAAAACGUUAUCAUAGAAUAAUGAAAAAAGGAAAAAGCUACAUAGCAAUUAUUUAUUUAGGCUAAUAAGCCUAGUGAAUUCGUUUGCGGCAUCCGCUGCAUGGACGCCGUAUUUACCUGUUAGAAUUUGCUAUUGCUUUGAAGCUGAAAAACGAUUAAAAAAAAUUCCAGCGGGGAAAUGCAACGGCUGCAAAUGAAUCGACGCUGAGAAUGAGGCUUAACUAAUUAAAUCCUAUUUGGCUUUUUCCUUUUUUUAUGUUUCUAAGACAACGUUAUUGCAAUUAGGUUUAUACUACUGUGGUAUAAUGAUGAUAAUGACAAAGAUGACGACGACGACAACGAAGAUGAUGAUGAUGAUGGUGAUGAUGAUGAUGAUGAUGAUGAUGAUGAUAGUAAUAAUUGUUAGCCGUUAGCCCCGAAAAAAAAAAGAAAAGUUGGUCACUGCCGGGAUGGAUACAAUAUUCUCCUAUCCUAUUUGAUUUUCUAUUUUUUGUUUGCUUUUUACACCUUGCAAACGUUUACAUAAUUAUGCGGAAUUUUAAUUCUCAUAGGUGGUUCACCAUAUCCACUUAUCAGCAACAGAAACCUCUUCAGGCUCCUGAGGACCGGCUACAGAUUGGAGAAACCUGAUUUGUGUUCUGAUGAUUUGUAAGUUACAUGGGUAGGGUGGGGUGGUGCGACAUCAAACCCUUACCCUAUCUCAGAUAAAAAUAAUGUGAAUUUCCUCUCAAAAAGUCAGCCCUGAAAUGCUGUUCUCCGUUUACCAAUCAGAACGUACUGAUGAUAAAAAAUAUAAGUUCAUUUCCUUGGUUCCAUGAGAGUACAAAAUGCUUACCUUAUUCGGAUUUUACACAAGAUUCUAGUUAAACGGGGGUCAAAAAUCAUACCUUUUGGUGCUGCACAUAUUUAUAUUACUGAUCAUCACUGAGAGUUUGCUGAUAAACAGCUAUGACAUACAAACAUGUGCAACAUCAAUAACUUGCAAUAAAGUUAUCAUCUCUUUUCGCUGGAAUCUGAAACUCUUUUAGCUUUACAAACAGUAUAAUCAUGUAGAAGAACGAUGAUAAACGAAGAAUAGCUAUAAAAACAAGCGAUCAAAAUGAAGGAAUAGUCGGUACAAAUGGGCUGCCAAGACUCAAGUUUUCGCGUUUCCUCCAAACGGGAAAAUGUCGUCCUCGCGUUGACAUCUUGACACGGCGGCCGGCAAACGGCAAACGUGGGGAAAGUCAGGUCACGUGACCCUCUGCCGUUCGCGGGAAAUAAUACGCAGCGCUUAAUCUCUCUAAUGAUGGUGAUGGUAGUGGUGAUGAUGAUGCUGAUGAUGAUAUCUUUACUCACGUUUGCGUUUCAGAUAUUCCUUGAUGACAAAUUGUUGGAAACAAGUCCCUGAGGAAAGACCAGGUUUCAAAGAUCUUGUCAAGCAUUUGGAAAACCUAUUACUGGAGAGGGUGGAAUACUUUGAGUUUGACAAAGUGGACGAAUCUAAAGAUUAUUAUCACGAGCAAGAACCGACUGAGUCAGAAGGAGAUUGUGAAAAUGAAUUGCUAGAGACAAGCUUUUAG